GUUUUAAGUUAUUGCUAUUAUAGUAUAUUGUUAUUACGGUAUAAUUUAUUUUACAAACCGAGGUAGCGUUAAUAUUAAAAGUAAAAAUGUCUGCUAGCAAGACGCGCAUUAAGAAAAGCAAAGAGGAAACAGCAGAGUGGACAGGGUUAUUUCAAGGCGACUUGAAGACCGAGCAGGCGUCGCUUGUGUUUGUGAAGAGGAUGAUGGCUGUGGCCGUGUCCUCCAUCACUUAUCUCCGGGGUAUUUUUCCAGAGGACGCCUACAGGUCCAGAUACUUGGAGGAUUUGUGCAUUAAAGUCUUGCGUGAAGACUGCAGCACCCCUGGAGCAAACAAAGUUGUGAAAUGGAUGAUGGGCUGCUUUGAUGCAUUAGAAAAGCAAUAUCUCCAGAUUGUGUUUAUUGGGGUCUACACAAACCCUGAUGAUCCCAAUUGCAUAAUUGAGUCCUACCAGUUUAAAUUUAAGUAUACAGAAAAGGGCCCAGAGCUAAACAUCCUCAGGAACAAUGCUGUGCGGAUGCAGGUGACUCUAGAGGACACCAAAAGAGCAUCUGUGCUGCUCAUCAGAAAGCUCUUUUUGCUUAUGCAGAAUUUAGGCUCCCUCCCCAACAAUGUCUACCUGACCAUGAAGCUUUACUACUAUGAUGACAUGACUCCUGAGGACUAUGAACCCCCUGGCUUUAAAGAGGGUGAAUGUGACAGUCUGUGGUUUGAAGGCACUGCCAUUCACUUUAAGGUUGGCAAUGUGCAGACACCUUUCCACACUUUGAGGGUGCGUGUCUCUGCAGAACAAGGUCGACUGGCCAAGCUUCAAGAAGGGAACUACCUGAGAGACAGCAAACUUGAGAAAAAUGUCAAAAUGGACUAUCAAAAGAAGGAAAUUGACGAAGAGGAUGUCCCUUCAGAAGAUGAGUCUGCGCAGUUCAAGAAGCCCACACAGCCUCUGGCAAAGAGAAAGGCAAUGGGCAAGACACAGGCCAAAAGGAAAAGAAUAAUCUAAAAUGUUUCUAUAGUGAUUAUUGAUAAAUUAUCAUUGCUUUGUUGUAAACAUUUGAUCUCAUAUUUAUUAUAUUGUAAAGUAAGGAUUUAAUAAAAUAUGUUUAUGUUGUUUAAAAAGAGGUCAAGCAUUUUGCUGUUAUGUACAAAAGA